UCGUCAACCCGGUCGCUCUCCAAUGAGGAAGUAACUUCCUACCGAGAAGUUCCAGUAGAUAGAGGGGACUAGAGAGCGGGGCAGCUGACACCGGGAGCCAUGAGGCGGUAACGCGCUAUGUGCACGCUCCGCUCUGAGGUGCGGUCAUAGCGGCACCAUGAACAUUGACGUGGAGUUCCACAUCCGACACAACUACCCCUGGGCCAAACUACCGGCCAACAUCAAGCAGAGUCUGGGAAACUCGCAGAAGGAAUAUGAGAAGCAGGUUGUGCUCUACAGCAUCCGGAACCAGCUGCGCUACCGGAGUAAUUUGGUGAAACAUGUGAAGAAGGACGAGCGCAGAUAUUAUGAGGAUCUCCUGAAGUACAGCAGGGAGCAUCUGAUGCUGUACCCCUACCACCUGUCCGAUAUCAUGGUGAAAGGGCUCCGGAUAACCCCCUUCUCCUACUAUGUCGGCAUAAUGGAGGACAUAAUGAAUAGUGAAAAAAGUUAUGACUCCCUUCCGAACUUCACUGCCGCAGACUGCCUAAGACUCCUUGGUAUAGGGAGAAACCAGUACAUUGAUCUGAUGAACCAGUGUCGAUCAUCUAAGAAAUUUUUCCGAAGGAAAACGGCCCGUGACUUACUGCCAGUGAAACCAGUGGACAUAACAGUGGAGGCCUGGUGGGUGGUGCAGUCCGGGUACAUCACUGAAGAUGACAUCAAGCUUUGCACCAAUGUGGAAAAGAAGAUGAUUGAUAAAAUUAUUGAUUCUGGGCCUCAGCUGGCAGGUUCUCUGGAGCACAAUGUUGUCCAUAGCCUUUAUAAUAAAGGCUUUAUAUAUCUGGAUGUACCAAUCUCAGAUGACAGCUGCAUAGCAGUGCCUCCCCUGGAAGGUUUUGUGAUGAACCGGCUACAAGGAGACUACUUUGAGACCCUGCUGUACAAGAUAUUUGUCUCUAUAGAUGAGCACACCAACGUGGCAGAGCUUGCAAAUGUAUUGGAGAUCGACUUGUCUUUAGUAAAGAACGCAGUGUCCAUGUAUUGCCGCUUGGGGUUUGCAAUUAAAAAGGGACAGGUGAUUAAUCCCGAUCAGCUGCACCCGUCGUGGAGGAAUGCCCCUUCUGUAAACCGGCUCAAGGGUACCCUGGAUCCCCAGAAAAUGCUUCUCUCCUGGGAGAGCACGGAAAGCAAGAGUCCUGUGCAAGAUUUGGCUUCUUCAGCUACUGACACCGACACGAACAGCCAGGAAGACGCAGCAGAGACCUCCAGCGUGAGCAGCCUGAACCUAACGAGCGGUCACACCAAGCGCAUCGCCUUCUUGUUCGAUUCCACUCUCACAGCCUUCCUCAUGAUGGGUAAUUUAUCACCGAACCUAAAGAGCCACGCGGUAACCAUGUUUGAAGUGGGCAAGUUGUCAGAUGAGACUCUAGACAGUUUCCUUGUGGAACUAGAAAAGGUACAAAGCACAGGGGAAGGAGAGGCUCAGAGGUACUUUGAUCAUGCACUCACUUUACGAAAUACCAUCCUGUUCCUGCGUCACAACAAGGAACUUAUUACGCUUUCCGAACAGUCCAGUACAGGUCUUCCACUGGAUCUGCUGAGAUGUGAAAGUCUUCUCGGUCUGGACCCGGCCACCUGCAGUCGAGUCUUAAACAAAAACUACUCCCUUCUGGUGUCUAUGGCGCCCCUCACCAAUGAGAUCCGGCCGAUCAGCAGCUGCACACCCCAGCACAUUGGGCCGGCCAUCCCUGAAGUCAGCUCCAUAUGGUUUAAGCUCUACAUAUACCACAUUUCUGGCGAUGGGCCGCCAUCCCUCUUACUGUCUAAGGGAACCAGACUCCGCAAGUUACCAGAUGUUUUCCUGGCCUAUGACCGGCUAUUGAUAACGUCUUGGGGACAUGAUCCCGGCGUGGUCCCUACGUCUAAUGUCCUGGUGAUGCUGAAUGAUGCACUCACUCACUCCGCUGUUCUCAUUCAGGGUCAUGGGAUGCAUGGAAUGGGAGAGACCGCGCAUAUUCCUUUCCCCUUCGAUGAAUCAGAACUGCGCGGAGAGUUCUCCAGUCACAAUAUGGGCGUCCACAAAGCUCUACAAGUCUUAAGGGAGAGGAUGGAUCUGGAGCAUUUCUGUGGGUACGUCACAAUGCUGAACCCCAGCAGCCAUCACGUCAGCCAGAGGAGACUGAGCGAUGCCUCUGACGAAAAAGAUGAGUCUUGUUUAGCACUCGCCUCUGAAGUCGACGGCAGCACAGAGUCUUUCGAGCUCGUUGUUGAAGAGUUUGCAGUGGAACCAGGACAGAAAGUCGGCGAAGCACCCGCAGUGGAGAAAGACUGGGUGCCCCUGGACCUUUGCUAUGGAAUCCCGCUGUUCAGCUCCGAACUCAACCAGACCGUGUGCAAAAAGAUCGCUGCCCAUGGACUGUGCGGAAAAGAGAGUCUUCAACAUCUCCUUCACUCCAGCCGGAAACUUUCCCUCCAGGUUCUCAGCUUUGUUCAAUCAUUCCAGGAAAGCAACUCUGCAGGUGAAAACAUGUUUGAGACUGGCAUCUCCAACGUCCUGGCACAGGCGGGCUCGUCAGACAUUGGAGUUCCCCUGCCUUCAAAGAAUCUGAUAUUUCAAGAUGGCAUCCUUUCUGAGUGGAACGGUCGGGCGCGGGUCUCCGCUCACCACGUGCACAUACCAAGCGAGCAGGCCUGACACUCAGCAUGAUCCCCAGCUACCUGUGAAUCUCCUGCCCCGUCGGUGUCCGUAUUUAUUGCUGCUGUGUGGGUUAUGUUUUUGCAGCGUAGAGUCUGCGGCUGGUCACUCUUGUGCCCUGUGACAAAUAUCCUGCAUUUCCUUGUACAUUCCUAGUACGCCUUUUGUAGAUUUAGAGGCGAGCGUAAGCAAGAAAUGAUCAAACCCGCCCAUGGGUUAUUGUGAUUUUUGUCUGUUUUUCAAAAACAUCAGGAACCUGCAAGAAAUAUG